AAAUAAUGCACGAGUGCAUCGCUGCAAGGCUAAAAGCUUCGGGACAUUUUCCGCGAUCCCGACUGUCGCAAUAACACGCCGAGGAUAUCCCCCUGUCCCAAUUCCCAGCCACCCCCGCAACAGCCAGAGAAGCUGAAAAACUCGAGUAAAAGAGUCGUCCGAUCAAAGCCAAGCACCAGGAUAGUCAUCCCCUAAUCUAGAUAUCAAUAAUAUCGCGCAAGACAAGCUCAUUAGGUAUAACGAGAGAUGCUGGGAGGCAUCGUUCGCAAACGUCAGGGCUGUUAGCUAUUCCUGUACAAGCCUUACCUGGACUGGCUCCUGGACGAUCAUCUUGGCUGGAUCGCGAGCUCGCGCAACCGACGAUCAAGGCUACGACUCCGGUGCAGGAGGAUUCAACUCUCGAGCUCGCACGACUGCCUUUUAUCGCGGACGUUUCUCUCUCAAGAGUCCAUCUUGGCUCCGCCGAUAGCUAUACGCUACACUACUCGAUUCGACGGUGAAAACUGUCUCUGUCUUUCUUCUGCAGACUCGUCGCGGUCGUCGCGGUCGUCCUCGCGUUGCAGGGCUGCCAACUGCCGACUCGCAUCGAACUUUAGUGCGCAUAUAUACGCCGUCGAGUUUUUGCGGAUUUAUCAACAAAUUAAAUGGCUGCUAAUGAAAUAAAGCAGUCGCUUAGAAAAUUGGACUUUCCGUACUGUGUUAGGGAAGCGCUAUGUCGAAUAGAAAUGUUGUGUGGAAGGCCUGGGAAGCAGAUGGAUCUACAGAUGGACUUGAUGUCCGAAUUUGUGUUUGGGGAAAUUGAGAGGAGAAAAAAACGAAAUCUACCCGUGGCCAUUCACGAAUUACAGCUGAUCGAGAUUUUUAGUGACUUCUUUGAAAGUCCUGGUGGAAGUCCUGCCGUCAGAAAUGCAGUCUUCCUUUCUCUCUAUCCAGCAGAGACUCCAAGACACAAGAUUUUGGGAAAUCUGGUUUCGUUGUCUAUAGCAACUCAAAACAAGGCUGUUUUAAAUGCUGCUGGUAUCUGGAUGCAACAAUUGGGCUCGACCUCUCCACAAAGCGUUGGACUAGCUAGGCAUAUACUAAAUGACUAUUUCGUUCUUAUUCCCAACUCGGUUGAUAGGCUUAAGCAGCUUCCAAACCUUGUGCCACACUUCACAGCCAACUUGUUGACAGCUAUUGGAGAGGUUUACAAGGACAAGAACCCUCCGACAGAGUUAUUAAAGUUGAUUGGUGACUGGAUUAAUGAUAAUCCUAGCUUAUUGUUGACAUCCUUGAUGGAUAAUCCUGCGCUACCCACAGGAGGUAUUCCCAUGACCCCUAUUACACCAAUAGCAGGACUAUUUAGGUGGUCCAUCUUGAGUCCAUUGAGGAAUCCAUCAGAGAUUACAGAUCAGGAAGAGCAGCAAAAAUGUUAUUCAAAAAUUCAGCAACUUUUGAUGGACUCUGUUUUACGACUAAAAAAUAAUGAAAGUAAUAAACAUGCUAUAUCUGCGCAACAUCUAGCAGCUACAACAAGAGCACUCAGUGCAAUUCUACAAUCAAAUUCAGAAUUAGACAGUAGUUUAAAGGAUCUUGCUAUGGAGAGACUUGCCCAGUCUGUUAGUGCAGCAAUGUCAGCAAAUUGUAUAUAUGGAAAUAAGCAGGAACUGCUCGCAUUGUUGCAACCACUAGCAUAUCAACACUUUUUAAUAGAAUGGACUUUACAGACUUACACGUCCAAAGCUGCUUAAAAAUAAAUUUAUUUACAAUUGGUAAAUAUGAUUGUGUACAAAAAAGCAAUCAUUUAUACAUGAAUUUGUUAAACAUACAAAUUUUUAUUGAUUAGCCUAGUAUAUUUUAUUUUUAUAAAUAUUUUAAAAUGGUUUAAAUUUUCGUUUUGAUUUGAUUUGUUCCAACUUUUUCUUAUCAAGUUCAAAUUUCUUUCGUAAAUCUGCCAAAUCUGAAAUAAAAGAGAAGAUUUUAAAAAUGUUACCAUAAUAA